AUGCGUCGUAAGCCCAUGUGGGAAUGGCUGAUCUGGGAUCGGGGGGUUGGGCCGCCGAGCACUAGCAAAACGUUAAAGAGUGUUUUUAAUGUCCGCCAUGUUGGCCAUGGCGCACUGAGCCUGGAAUCAGGGACCGGAGCGCGCUGGAAGCACACACCGAGAGAGAGCGACCGAUACCCGGCCUGGCGCCUCCGCUCGACCCGCCACCUCUACCGACCCACCCGUGCCCUGCUGGACACCGAACCGGCAUCAUCCAUGAGAACUUUAAUCGGACUAGUAGGGAACAUUAGGGGAUCGGAUAGGUAUAUGCUGCAUUUGAAAUUAUAAAGAAUAAAAUGAGUAAACUGUCGUUUCGGGCGCGGGCGCUGGACGCUUCCAAGCCUCUACCCGUCUUCCGCUGCGAGGACCUGCCCGACCUGCACGAAUAUGCGUCUAUUAACCGGGCAGUGCCACAGAUGCCCACGGGGAUGGAGAAAGAGGAGGAAUCGGAGCACCAUCUCCAGCGGGCAAUAUCUGCUCAGCAGGUGUUUGGGGAGAAAAGGGAAAACAUGGUGAUUCCUGUCCCAGAGGCCGAGAGCAACAUCGCCUACUAUGACUCGCUAUAUCCAGGGGACUUCAAAAUGCCCAAACAGCUCAUUCACUUACAGCCAUUCAGCCUGGACACAGAACAGCCGGAUUUUGACCUGGACUCUGAGGAUGACACAUUUGUAAAUAAGCUGAGAAAGAAAAUGGACGUGGGGCCACUGCAGUUUGAGGAGAUGAUUGACCGGCUGGAGAAAGGCAGUGGACAGCAGCCGGUUUCUCUGCAGGAGGCCAAACUGUUGUUAAAGGAGGAUGAUGAACUGAUUCAGGAGGUGUACGAGUACUGGAGCAGGAAGAGAAAAGGAUGUCAGAGCGGCUCUGUAAUCCCUGUCGUCAAACAGGAGAGGCGUGACGUCUCCAGCACCGGGGACCCCUAUGUGGCCUUUAGACGCAGAACGGAGAAGAUGCAGACCCGGAAGAACCGUAAGAAUGAUGAAGCUUCUUACGAGAAGAUGCUGAAGCUGCGUAGGGACCUGAGCCGAGCCGUCACCAUCCUGGAGAUGAUCAAGAGACGAGAAAAGAGCAAGAGAGAGAUGCUGCAUCUCACACUAGAGAUAGUGGAGAAGAGGAACAGCAUGUCUGAUUUUGGAGGCGAGGUGAUGGCGGAGGUUCUGGCUCAGAGGGCUCUGGAGAAGCCCGUCAUCCCCCUCAUCCCAAUCACAAACAGCAGCCAGUACAGACACACAGAGCACGACCGGGACUACAAGAGCAAGGUUGAUAAGCCAGAGGUGGUACGACAGAAAAGGAAGUAUGAAAAGAAGGCCAAGCCGUUGCCAUUGGCAGGCUCCGCCCACUCGGGCCCGUCUGUCUUUAACACUAAAGACCUCAAUCAAUAUGAUUUUCCCAGCUCAGAUGAUGAACCCUUUUCUCAGAUGCUCUCCGGUUCUUCAGAAGCUGAGGAGGAGAACGACCCAGAUGGUGUGUUUGCGUUUCGGAGGAGAACAGGCUGUCAAUAUCACGCUGCCCGUUCGGGAACCGCAGGCGAUUGGCCCUGGUCUGAUCCAGCUGAGGGCGGGUUAGGUGAUGUGCGAUAUCGCUACUCUCUGACCACGCUCACAGUGCCACGCCGAUGCUUGGGGUUGGCACGUAGACGAGUAAGCAGAGGGGGCAGGGUGUUAUUGGACCGGGCCCACUCGGAUUGGGAUGCUGUGUAUCACGGGCUGGACCCGGAUUCCUCCGUGUUCCCUUCGCAGUCUCCAACUCAGCAGCAGCACAGCAUGGAUACCUCACACACCAGCACUGAUACCUCUUCAGCCUCCUUAUCGUCACCCAACCUCGCGCAACUCCUUCUCAACAUUAAAGCCUGUCGCUGGAGGCAUUUUAAGCCUCGGGCGGCACCGCCGGAUGACCCCGACAAUCCGGAGCACUGGUCUGCACGGAGACCCCGCCGCGGCUUUCUCAUCCGGCCAAUCAGCACGCUUCGGGCACGGGGAGGAUCGGCUUCCUCCAUUCGACCUCCUCCCCCACCACCCACACCUGCUUUCACCGCUGAGCAGUACCAGCAGCACCAGGAGCAGCUCGCUCUGAUGCAGAAACAACAGCUUGAGCAGGUCCAACUUCAGCAGCAGGCUGCCGGUACAGCUGUCCCUCACAACACAAAGAGUUUGGUAUCGAAGAUGAUCGAUGCUGCCAGUGCUCAGUAUGCAGCCUCUGCCCUUGUCACUCCCGACCAGCUGCUUGCGCUUAAGAGCAAAGAGGAGGGUACUGGUGUCAAUGGAGUCGUCUCGGCCUCAGGCAUCUAUAAGGGCUUACAUCACUCGAGCUCUGCAAUGUCCUCCAUCCAUCUGUCUUCUGGCCCUACCUCCACCUCAUCCCCCUCUCCCGCAGCUGCCACCACUAACAACGGAACAUCCUCAGCCAAUCACCACGUUGGCACGACCGGCCCCGCCACUGCCCAGGCGCUGAUGGGCGGGGCCGUGAGAGUAAGCGUGCCCUCGACAGCGGGCACCUUGAGCGUACGGCCGUUGCAGCGUCAGCCCACUGUUCCGGCGUCUGCGCUAAAGCUCGCUGCCAAUGCCAACAGACCCAUCCCAAAGGUCACCACGGGGUCAACCACCCUCGACAUGGGGCCCAGGGAUAAUCACGAUCAAGAGAAACCUCCGCUAAACAGUUUGACAGACAACACAGUGGCCAUGGAGGUUACGUAGCCCCGCCCCUCGACCCAUCACACACCAUCCCUCAAAUCGAGGCGUCUCCUUUAGGUGCUAUGCAUCAUAGUGACGCCGUUUCCAUGGCAGCCGUUGGGACUUAAUUGCAAUUCUCAUCUCUCUGUUUCCAAUUUUUUUGUUACUAUUAAUAUCAACGUCUGUAAAUUAUGAAAUAUGGAAAUGAUUCUAUGUACAUGCAUAUUUGUAAUACACCCCUUGUAUAUAACAUUACUUGAAUACAGAAAUUGUUCAUUUGUGAUGUUUUGCACUUGGGAAAAAAUCUGAAAAAAACUGCGAUUUUCGUAGCGUGCGUGCGUGUGUGUGUCAGAUUGUGAAUGUUAGAAGGUGUUUGUGUGACUGUGUAUCUGAAUGUAUGUGUCACAUGCAUGGUGAAAAACCUGCUGUUUUAUCUAUUUAUUGUGAGGUGUUUACAGGUUUUGUUUUCUUAUUUUUCAAUACACUGUAACCUCUUGGGUUUCUGUGCAGUGUGUAUGUGUCUGUGUGUGUAGUUGAAGCUGUUUUAUGUGAACAUCUCUAGUUGGAAAAAAGCAGCAGGGGUUUCUUUCUGUCUCUUUCUCUCUCCUCUCAUGUGGCUGCUCCCACUCCACUCAAGCACUAUUUUUUUUUAAUCAAUGCUGCUUUUGUAUGAUUUAAGGUUUUUUAUUUUUUAUCUGAAAGCCCCUUUGUCAUUUUGGGGGUUUAAAAUCCCUGUUGGAGUCCUUUUGGAGUUUGUGAAACUUUUGUUUAUUACCUCUGUUUUGAUGACUGAUUGUAUGUCCCUGUGUCUGUUAUGUGUGUAACAGAAGUUCAUAAGGGAGAGGACUAUGGUAUGUUUCUUUAUCAUCAUCAUUCCACUUUAUAUGAAAAUAAGGAAAAUGAACAAAAAAGGGACGUUGUAUUUCCUGUAAGACUUUAUGGUGGCACCCGUACCUGUGGGGCCAGCGUGAGCUCUCUUCUGUGAAGAGGAUGGUACCUCACAAGGCUAUUCGUAGUUGUUUUGUAUGUACCACAAUCUGAAUGCCCGUUCCAAUGGCAUCAUCUAUCUUUGAGGUGUUUUUUUUUACAGUCCCACCUGGAAGAAUGAAUUAAAAAACUUAUAUGACAAAAUGUUUAAUAAACCCAGGGCAUUAAGUGUUUGGCCAGCACAA